UAUGUCAACUGUCGAAUGUUAUAAUAAUUUGUAAACAUAAAGUUCGUCAUGGGAAUUUUAUUAAUAUUGUAACUAAAUUGAUGUUAGACAUACUGAAACUAGUAAUUACAGUUAAUAGAACUUUAAAUAAUUUAUACUUUCUGAAACAUGUGGACCACUAGAACAUUUUUAACAAAAACUAAGAGGGGGAAUAUUCUAAAAAUUGUAAGAGAGCAUUACCUGAGGGACGAUUUACUAUGUGGAUCUGAAGCAUGUAAUGUGUGUCCGCAUAAAAAUGACGAAUAUGUUUUGGAUGCAAAACCAGAGUCAAUUUGUGCACUAUUCGACUAUAACCACUACAUUAUACUUGACACAAAUGCUGUUCUACAUCAAAUAGACGUUCUUGAAGAUGAUGCGUUAAAAAAUGUGAUAGUUUUACAAACGGUUCUAGAUGAGGUGAAACAUCAAAACACUGCUAUUUUCCAACGUCUUUUAGAAGUCAUUGGGAACAAGAAGAGGAAAUUCUUUUCAUUUGUGAAUGAGCAUCAUAAAGACACAUACAUUGAACGCAAUCCAGGAGAGAAGCCAAACGACAGGAACGAUAGAGCAAUUCGCAAGGCCGCUAUGUGGUACGCCACACAUUUGUCUAUCAAAGGCGUGGCUGGACAGUUCCCACAGAUUGUACUGUUGACUGACGAUGAGAAUAAUAGGAAACUAGCGCAGGAGGAGGGCAUUGUUUGCUGCUCGGUAAAGGACUACAUAGAAAACGUGAAUGGCUUCCCCGGCUUAGUCGACAAACUGUCAAAGAAUGUGAUGCCUGAGAGUGUUUCCAAGGACGCCCUGUAUCCUGCCCAUCUUACCCCGUCACAGAUACACUCUGGAAUACGAAAUGGGAAGCUGUAUCAGGGUACUUUCUAUGCAUCGAGAGAUAAUUUCUUGGAAGGCACAGCGUCUGUUUCUGGCUUUGAAAAACAGAUCUUGUUACAAGGUCACAUCGGAAUAAACAGAGCGAUCGACGGAGACAUUGUAGCAAUCGAAAUAUUCCCCGAAGAAGAUUGGAGGAAGCCGAGUGACAUAGUUCUAGAGGACAAGGCUGAUGAUCCAGGGGAUUGUUUGGAAGAAGAAACGAUUCUCUUGAACAGUGCGAAGUCAGCUGCGAGCGCUGAUAUCAGUCCAACGGGGAAGGUGGUCGGCAUCAUACGGAGGAAAUGGAGGCAGUACUGUGGUAUACUGAUGCCGAGCAAGUUCCCUGGCGCCACCCGUCACUUAUUCAGUCCUGCAGAGCGGCGUAUACCGCGUGUGCGUAUAGAGACGCGGCAAAGCGACGUGCUGGCGUCGCAGAGGAUACUCGUCGCGCUUGACUCUUGGCCCCGCAACAGCCGCUACCCGUUGGGCCACUUUGUGAGGGCCUUGGGGCCUAUUGGUGAUAAGGACGCGGAAAACGAAGUGAUACUGCUAGAACAUGAUGUACCGCACGCGAGAUUCAGCGAAGCAGUACUAUCUUGUCUACCGCCCGAUGAUUGGACUAUACCCGAAGAGGAAAUCAAAAAGCGCGUAGACCUCCGUUCUGUUUGCGUUUGCUCCGUCGACCCGCCUGGAUGUACCGAUAUCGAUGAUGCUCUCCACGCGAGACUGCUGCCGGAGAAGACGAAAGAUGGUCUACUCAAGUAUGAAGUUGGCGUGCACAUUGCGGACGUGACGUACUUCGUGAGACCGAAUACUGCUCUGGAUAAGGAAGCCGCGUCCCGGUCUACUACGGUCUACUUGGUGGGGAAGAGGAUUGAUAUGGUCCCAGAUCUAUUAAGUUCUAACUUAUGUUCGUUACGCGGCGGUGAAGAAAGACUCGCAUUUUCUUGCGUUUGGGAAGUCGACGAAAACGCAAACGUGCUGUCUACAAAAUUCCAUAAGAGUGUUAUAAAGUCCCGCGCAGCGAUGACAUACGAAGAAGCACAAAUAGCAAUAGAUAGUUCUAGAAGUGACGAAAUAGCUGAAUCUUUGAGAGUUCUCAAUGCGUUAGCUAAGAAACUCAAACAGAAGAGAUUGGACAAUGGCGCCUUGUUAUUGGCCUCCCCGGAGAUACGGUUUGAGGUGGACUCCGAAACGCACGAACCCAUGGAGGUGCAAGCGAAACGCAUUUUAGACACUAAUUCCAUGGUAGAAGAGUUCAUGUUGCUGGCAAACGUUAGUGUGGCUCAGCACAUAGCGGGCGAGUUCCCACAGAGCGCUCUGCUGCGGCGACACCCCGCACCGCCGCCAGCUAACUUCAACACUUUCCUGAAGGCCGCUGCUCAGCAAGGUUUCGAUCUUGACGUAUCAACAAACAAAGCGUUCUCCAAAUCUCUCAACGAAGCGAUAAUACCAGAACGACCAUUUUUCAACACGUUAUUGCGUAUAAUGGCAACCCGUUGCAUGCAGCAAGCGGUUUACUUCUCAAGUGGGAGUAUAGCACAAGAGGAGUUCUAUCACUAUGGGCUUGCGUGUCCUAUUUAUACGCAUUUUACGUCGCCGAUCCGUAGAUACGCAGAUGUGAUAGUACACCGUCUGCUAGCUGCGUGUAUCGGCGCGGACUCAACGCACGCGUCCAUUUUGGACACAAAGUACGCGAUCUCCCUGUGUGAGAACCUGAACUACCGGCACCGACAGGCGCAGUACGCGGGACGGGCGUCCGUAGCUUUGAACACACAUAUUCUCUUCAAAAAUCGUAUUGAGAUUGAAUCAGCGGUAGUGUUGGCGGUGAAACGUAACGCCUUACAAGUGUUGAUCCCGAAGUACGGUCUGGAAGGGCCUUUAUAUCUGCCCUCCGAUAAGUUUGUUUAUAAUGAAGAGGAACACGUUCAAAUAUGCAAUGGAGUGGUAUUACGAACAUUUGACGAAAUAGUAGUGCGUUUGAGUCUAGACAGUUCGAACUUACAGCACAGGAAAUUAGUUUUCCAGUUAGUUAAACCCUCCAUACCCGGUUUUAGUUACGUAGAAGAUAAAGAUAUGGACGUGCAAAUCAUAGACAAGACAGAAGUCAUAGAGAUUGUGGAUACCACAGACAAACAAACGAAGAAACGCAAAGACGCGCCAGAAGGAAAGGGCAAGAAAAAGAAAUCGAAGCAAUAAUUACUUUUGUAACGCUUUAAGUUUAAUAAAAAAUGAUUUAUAAUAAAA